GAAGCUUGCCGGGCCUGGUGGGCGGGACGGCGAGGCCUUGUCACGUUCGGGUCCGUGUGAAAACGGGGGUUCCGAGUGCAAAGCAAAGUUUUUUUGUAAACCGUCUGCAAAGGCGGGGGGGCGAAGAAGGCGCCCGAUACCGGGCCGAGUGCAGCUGCUGUGGCCGCCGCCUCUUUAGCUCUUCAGGCGUUGGCUCCUCGGUCCGAGCGACCCCGGAGGGAGACCAGCGAGGGGAAGACCUGCGCGGAGAGCCCGCAGAUGCUUGGAGCCUUUGCAGCGCGGAGCUGCUGGUCGCCCGCCCCCGCCGCUCGCCUGCUCCUGCUCCGGCUCUCCGUCCGCGGGCUCCGGGAGCCCCAGCUCCCCGCCGCCGCCGCCGCCCGCUCUAGGUGUGGGGGCUACUGGGGCUGAGCCGGGCCUCCGCGCCGGCUCCGAGGACGGACGCCUGAGGAGCAGCGCGCCGCCGGCCCGCCGGGGACGCCCGCAGGCGCGGGGGCUCGGCGGCUUGACCCCGGGCUCGCCCCUGUCCGGCCGCCGAGGCCCCACGGCAGACUCCCGAGCGGCCCGGCUCGGGCGGUGAGAGCCCCGCGCCGCCCUCUCUCCGUCGCCGGGUCGCCGGCCCUCGGCGCCUCGCCGCCGCCACCUCACGAGUGUCCGGGCCGCGCUCGGCGGGCUCCUGAGCCGCAGCCAUGGGGUGCUGGGGUCGGAACCGGGGCCGGCUGCUGUGCAUGCUGAUGCUGACCUUCAUGUUCAUGGUCCUGGAGGUGGUGGUGAGCCGGGUGACUUCGUCGCUGGCGAUGCUCUCCGACUCCUUCCACAUGCUGUCGGAUGUGUUGGCGCUGGUGGUGGCGCUGGUGGCCGAGCGCUUCGCCCGGCGGACCCACGCCACCCAGAAGAACACCUUCGGCUGGAUCCGGGCCGAAGUGAUGGGGGCUCUGGUGAACGCCAUCUUCCUGACCGGCCUCUGCUUCGCCAUCCUGCUAGAGGCCAUCGAGCGCUUCAUCGAGCCGCACGAGAUGCAGCAGCCGCUGGUGGUCCUCGGGGUCGGCGUGGCGGGGCUGGUGGUCAACGUGCUGGGGCUCUGCCUCUUCCACCAUCACAGCGGCUUUGGCAACGACUCCGGCCACGGCCACUCGCACGGGGGCCACAGCCACGGCCUCCCCAAGGGGGGCCGCGGCAAGAGCCCCCGCACCGGGGGUAGCGACAACAGGGCCCCAGGUGAGCAGGGUCCCGACCAGGAGGAGACCAACAUCCUGGUGGCCAAUAGCAGCAACUCCAACGGGCUGAAACUGGACCGGACAGAUCCAGAAAAGUCCAGAAAUGAUGCAAUGGAAGUACAAGUGAAUGGGAAUCUUAUCAGAGAACCUGACCAGGUGGAAUUGGAAGAUGAUGAUGAUAAGGCUGGACAGCUUAACAUGCGUGGAGUUUUUCUGCAUGUCUUUGGAGAUGCUUUGGGUUCAGUGAUUGUAGUAGUAAAUGCCUUAGUCUUUUACUUUUCUUGGGAAGGUUGUCCUGAAGGGGAGAUGUGUGUGAACCCAUGUACCCCUGACCCCUGCAAAGCAUUUGUAGAAUUAAUUAAUAGUACUCAUGCAACAGUUUAUGAGGCUGGUCCUUGCUGGGUGCUAUAUUUAGAUCCAACUCUUUGUAUUGUAAUGGUUUGUAUACUUCUUUACACAACUUAUCCAUUACUUAAGGAGUCUGCUCUUAUUCUUCUCCAAACUGUUCCUAAACAAAUUGAUAUCAAAAAUUUGAUAAAAGAACUUCGAGAUGUUGAAGGAGUUGAGGAAGUUCAUGAAUUACAUGUUUGGCAACUUGCUGGAAGCAGAAUCAUUGCCACUGCUCACAUAAAAUGUGAAGACCCGACAUCAUACAUGCAGGUGGCUAAGAUCAUUAAAGACGUUUUCCAUAAUCACGGAAUUCACGCUACUACCAUUCAGCCUGAAUUUGCUAGUGUAGGCUCUAAGUCAAGUGUAGUCCCAUGUGAACUUGCCUGCAGAACUCAGUGUGCUUUGAAGCAAUGUUGUGGGACACGGCCACAAGCCCAAUCUGGAAAGGAUGCAGAAAAGGCCCCAACAGUUAGCAUUUCUUGUUUAGAAUUUAGUGACAAUCUAGAGAAGCAGCCCAGGAGGACUAAAGUUGAAAACAUCCCUGCUGUUGUGAUAGAGAUUAAAAAAAUGCCAAACAAACAACCUGAAUCAUCUUUGUGAGUCUUGGAAAAGAUGUGAUAUUUGACUUUUGCUUUAAACUGCAAGAGGAAAAAGACUCCAUUGAAAUUCUAUGUUUGCCAAGUAGUGUAAUUGAAGUCCUUGUCUGGUCACACAGUUUAAUUCUAUUUUUGUAAGAACAUAAUGGGACUGCUUAACAGAGUUCUAUAUUACAACUUUGUGAUUAUUAGUGCAGAGUACAGCUAUGCUGUAACAGUUUUGGAAAGCCAGUUUUAACACUAUGUUACAUUUUUGUUUAAAGUAAGUAUAAACCUUAUAUGACAUUUGAUUUCCAGUUUUUCCAUGGUAAAAAAAUUAGGGGGAUAAAUAAAUUAAAAUUGUUACUGGAAUUUCUCUGCUUUUCUUUUCCCCCAGUGUUAUAUUUUGUUUAUUAGAAUUAUAAAUGCUGGAACUUUAAAAAUCAUCAACAGGUUUGCUUCUUUUGACAUUUUAUGUAAUAUUUACUUGCCCUUUGAGAUCAUUGCAUAGCAUAAUGGCAACAUAUUUUAAGAAUGACUCAUGAAAAUUAUUAGAAAAAGUUCCUUUUUUUCUUCACAUGGGGGUAUUUAUGAUACUGAAGAUCAGUUACUAUUCUGUAUCUUAUAUUGCUGAGUAUUCUAACAAAUAGUGAAAUAAUUAACAAAUUGAACUGUAGUGUACAUAUAAUAGGGCAUAUGGGGAGUAGGAGUAGGAGCAGGGAGGAAAGUUUACCAAAUUAAAUAUUUAGAUUUUUGUAUGUUAAUAUUCAAACUACAUUUCUAAAUUAUUCUGAGAAUUUUAACCUUUUUUUUUUUUUUUUUUUAAAAAAAACAUGGUCUAAAACAUGGACAUGUUCACCAGCAUUACUUUCUUUGAAAGAUUGGCAUUGGGAACAUUGAGUUGAAAGUUUACUCAUAAAAUUUAUACAGUAAAUAUUUUUAAGGACAUUAAAUUUAAUCUAAUAACUACAUGUUAAAUGAAAGCUUAUUAAUCUAAUCUUUUAAACUGUGGGUUUUAAAAAUAACUUCAGAGUUAGUCAUUUCACAGUGACCAAUCAUGAAUGGAUUCAAACAGAGCUUUUUGAGCCCAACCAGCAAUGCCUGUGCUCUGCCAAGAGCCAUUGACUUGGGAGAAAAAAGGAAUCUGAAGGUUAAUGCAAUUUGGAUAUUAAAUUCUCAAAAAGCAAAGUUAGUUAAGGCACAAUUAAUAAUUGAGAUUCUGUAAGUCAUUCUGUCUUGACAUUGCUCAGAUCUUCCAAUAGUAGCUUAUUUUGCAAGAUGCCAUAAUAUCUACACAGGAAAUUGUUCUUAGCUAUUUCAUUGUUGGUAUGGAUUCCAAAUCCAUACACAAGUAUUAUUUAAGGGUAUUUAAGUUAUAUUUUUCUUGAUAGGGAGGGGUUAUGCUUUGUGAAGAAACUCGAUUUUUGUCCUCAAGAGGAUGAAUAUUAAUAUCAGUUAUCAUGUAUAGCUCUAUUUUUCUAGAAACGAGGUAUCCUGACUACUUUAGUAACUUUUAUAGCUGACUACUUUUGGGAUGGCUACCUUUUGGGAUUUGAAAUAAUUCAUUAUCUAAUGGGUCUUAAGAUGAAAAUGGUGGCAUUUGACAGUUAACUUUUUAAAGGGAUGAUCUUUUGUGGUAGAUGGUGUGUUUUUUUCCUAGUAUAAGCCUAUUGCUGGCAAUGGGCCUAUUUAAGAACACCCGAUUUUUCCAGUGAGAAUGAGGUAAUUUUAGGAACACAGUUUGUAAGUUCACAUUUGCUAUAAUGGGCCAAAACCAUAACCUGCCAAUUUGCAAUACAUCUUUAUCAUUUAAUACUUUUCUCUGAUAUUGUGUAUUUCAAUUCCUAAACUGGGUAGUUACUUUGAAUUUUGCAAACAUUUUUUUAAACAUGAAAUUGGGGAAUCUCAUGGGUGAACAAGAGAAAGCUUCAAAUUGUAUCAUGUACAUUCCUGAUUUAACACUUUACAGAACCAUUUUUUGAAGAUCUCAAAACAGUUUAUGUUAUAGAAACAUGUCAGUAAUGAUACAAAAGGAUAACUGGUAAAAUAUAUUACAUUCAGUGAGGUUUUCUUUACAAUGCUCUGUUGGGUCUAUUUCUUAAAGGUUGUGUAAUGCAUAAGACAUCGACUGAAUGAGGAUUUUUUAAAAUGGUGUAUAAGCAUGGGACAAGGGCUUUUUUUUUUUUUUUUUUUCAAAAGUGCUUUGAAAGUAACAGCCUUUAGAUUUCAGUUAUUUCACUUUUGAUAAUUUUAAGUAACUCAUGUAACAAAGUGGUACCAUAGGAUUCUCUUUUUUCAAAGGACUUUUGUCAUAAUAGCAAAAUCAGUGGGCACUGACUCACCUUUUGAGUUUUAGCAGAGAAUUAUUUAUUUCUUUACAAUGCACUUUCUAACCCAUUUUUAGCUAUAUUAGCAUUAUCUUUUUUAAAAAUGCUUUUAUAUUUAAAUAUUGUGGGAUUUAAGUGUCUUUUCGAAAAUAGCUUAUUCCUUCCUGCAAGAAAAUGAGGGAAAUACCAUGAAUUAUUAGGAGACUUAAACCCAAUAUUUAAAUGCUGUUUUAUAACACUGCAUCAGUUUUAGGAGGUGCAUCUCGCCUGCUGGCUCUUUUAUAUUUGAGCAAGAUCAGUGUAUUUAGAAUAUGUGUUUAGAAAUGUGUCUGUUGUCUCAAUUUAGUAAGAAGGAGGUGCUACAUGUGCCUGAAUUAAAACCAACCCAGACAUUUUUUCCAAGCCAAAUGCCGCCUUAGUGAUGAGAGAGAUUUAAUUCUCCAUUGUCACGUUUUAGUUUAUAUGAUUUUUUAAUAAGGUUUUUUUUGGAAGAGCAUCUGUGCUCUAAAAGUAUGGACUAGAACCUAAAAGAAUAGUCAGAAACUCACAAACACUUUGCUGUAUGUAUUUUAACAUUUUAGAAAACAAUAUAUUUGAAUAACUACGGUAUGUAAUUUGAACAGGAAAAAUUUCCAUCAAGAGCACCUUGGUAAAUCACAACAGGUAGAAGACUAUGUUAAUAUGUUUGUAUCUUUGGUAACAUCCUCAGUUAAUUUUGAAUUUUUGAAAGUUUUGAGGGAAAAGUCCUAUGGAAUCUAAUGUGAAGUAUUUAGUAGGCUAACUGGUAUUGAGUUGAAGCUUUUUACCGUUUUUAAGCAGAUACCAUUUGAUGAAAUGUCAUUUACCUGCUGUCCUAAGAUGUUCAUACAUACGCAAAUAAGGAGAAGAAUCCUACCAUAUAGAAAUAUUUAUUUUAAUAGAGUUUCAUUUAAGUCAUAAAACAGUGUUAAAACUCUUGGGAAGGUGGAGGGUCUCUCGUUUUUUAAAUUGAAACUGUCAUACAGUGUUUGACCAUCUGAAAUGGGAAUUGUAAUAGCACUAUUUUGAUGUAGCUCUACCAAUAUUAUGUGACAAUGCUAUUUAGUUUUACUAACAAGCUCUGGAAUACUUAGCAGUCAUUUUCACUGGCACAAGAGCUUUUUGUAUGUCAUUCAAUUUAAACUUUUAAACCAAAAACUUUAUGGUUUAGUGUCUUUGGCAAAAAGAUGCUGAAGGGAAUGUAACAUACAAUUAAUAUGUGGUUAUAUAUAAAAAGACACAAAAAUUUGCCAUGUUAUGGUUCUGCCUUGAAACAGCACAAUGAAGUGUAUCAGUGUAUUCUGUGAUUCUUUAUGAAACUUACAUGUUGUGUUGUUCUGUGUCUGCCAUAGGGUGUCCUUUGGGCCAGAUGUGGCACAGUUAAAUGCAAUUAUCAUCUCAUGAAAUGCAGAUGCAGAUAAAAUGUUUUUAGUGCUGCAACAUUUUACCUAACUUUUGUAUGUUUUCUGACUGUGCGUUGUUUCCAAAGCUGUUCCUACCUCACCAUGAGGCUUUAUGGAUUGUUAUGUAUUAUAAAUGUUCUUUAUGAGACAGACUACUG